AUAUCAACUCCCAUCAACUAUUGUUCCUCGAAUUUUUAACAUAACAUCCAUUCACACUUAUCAAAAAUCACCACCACCAGCCAAUCUUCCCGAUUCCCCAUUGUUUUAUCCAGGUCGUACUUCAAUGCUCCGAAUGGAAGAAUUCUACCAUUCAACAAUUGCAACCGACUUAAUGAUCCUAAGCUAUAAAGAUUCAGAGUCCGAACAGAAAUUCCUUGAAAAACGUCGAAAGGAGCACUUACCAAUCAAAAAAUCAGUUUUAACAAGAGAUACAAAUCCAUUUGCGAUAAAUAGACCACCACCAAAGCCAAGAGGAAAUAAAAAACGUUUACCAGUGCCACCAAAACAUAGUCAUAAAACAAUACCAAAAUUAUUAAGAAUUGACGUGCAUUGUAUGAUUAAAGAGGCUAUACAUAAUAAACAACAUUUAUUGAGCGGUAUUAUGGCCUUACAAUGUAUAACAUCGGAACGACCAACAGUGGUUUACUCAAAGACUGGAGUUGCACAAUGGAAAUUGAGAAAAGGCAUGCCAAUUGGAUGCAAAGUAUCAAUAUCCGGACCGCCAAUGUACACGUUCUUGGACAAAUUAGUAGAAAUAGUAUUACCCCGAAUGAAAGAAUGGCAUGGAAUACCAAUUACAUCAGGGGAUCAAAAUGGAAAUAUAGCAAUGGGAUUUCCUGCAAGUGCUUUAUCGUUGUUUCCUGAUAUUGAAGGAAAUUAUGAUAUGUUUCCUUUGAUGACUGGGUUUGAUGUUAUCUUUAAUACUACCGCGUACACAGAUUAUGAAGGAAGAAUGUUGCUGAGUGGAUUCCAGAUUCCUUUUACUACAAGGAAGAAG